AUGGAUCGGACAUGGAUGUACAACACAAAAAGAGCUCAUCCAACGUUCUUGAAGGAAGCAGGCAAAUUUGUUGACCUCGCAAAGGCACAUGCUGCGAGGGAGAAUUUGAGGAGCAUUUUUUGCCCAUGCAAAGGAAACAUCCCGGAAUACGGUGGCUCAGGUAUAGAGAAUGAAGGUAUUGAUUUUGAUCUGGAAGAUAUGUUGCGGCACUUUGAACCAGAGGUCCUAACUGGUACAAGACGAGGGUUGGACAAUUGGGAAGCGUUGGAAAAAGCAGCGAAGGAGCUUCUGUACGACGAAGCCAAAGGAUGCGACAAGGACUAUUCGGUCCUACGCUCGGUGCUCGAACUUCUCAGAUUGAAGGCCAGACAUGGAUGGUCGGACACGAGCUUCAAUGAUUUGAUGGAUCUUUUGAGAGUUAUGCUUCCUAAGCCGAACCUGCUACCGACGAACACAUAUGAAGUGAAGAAAUUGAUAUGUCCAUUGUCUCUAGGUGUUCAGAAGAUCCAUGCAUGUGAAAAUCAUUGCCUACUGUACCGCAAGGAAUUCGCGGAUUUAGACUCUUGCCCAACAUGUGGGACGAGUCGGUACAAGAUGGACAACGGAGCCACCGAUGGAGAGGUGGUCGACAAAGAUGAUGCACCGGUGGAUGAGAACAAAAAGAUUGCUAGGAUGGUGAUGUGGUACCUGCCAGUUAAAGAUCGCCUGAAGCGGCUAUAUUCCAACCGAGACGACGCCGAGUUGAUGAGAUGGCACCAAGAGGGUAGGAAAAUUGACGGUAAGAUCCAACACCCCGCCGAUGCUCGACAGUGGAAAAACUUUGACGCACUACACCCGGAAUUUGCAAAGGACCCGAGAAAUGUCAAGUUUGCAUUGAGCACGGACGGAAUGAACCCGUUCGGUGACCUAAGCAGCACACACAGCACCUGGCCAGUUCUUCUAACAAUGUACAACUUGCCUACAUGGAUUUGCCAGAAGCGAAAGUACAUUCUUUUGUCUAUCCUUAUACAAGGUCCAAGACAACCUGGGAUUAACGUAGAUGUGUUUCUCGAACCAUUGAUGGAGGACAUGCAAGAACUGUGGGAGGAAGGGUUACGAAUGUGGGACGAGUACCGUAGGGAACAUUUCACUCUGCAUGCCAUCAUAUUCAUUAUGAUCAACGACUUACUGGCAAACUUUUCGCUCUCGGGCCAGUUUAAGGGGAAGUUCGGAUGCCUCAUAUGUAUCGACAAGACAUCGUACAAGUACCUCACCUCAUUAACCAAGGGUUUUUACAUGCGUCAUCGUCAGUUCUUACCUCAGAGGCAUAGGUGGCGUGCGAAGGCCAGAUUAUUCGACAAUACAGUAGGGAACUUUCUAGCUCCUGAAACACGUACAGGUCGGUCUAUCUUCGAGUUGACAAAGAACAUUAAGGUUGUGUUCGGCAAGCCAAAGAAGAAGCCCGUCAAGAGGAAGAAACGUACGGAUCAGGACACAACUGAUGCACCUUUAGACGAAAGUAACCAGCCCUUCAAGAAGAACUCAAUUUUUUUCAGAUGCUUGCAUAGUGUGAAAGUCCCGACCGGUUUCUCAGCGAACGUCAGAAAACUUGUAUCUUUGAAAGAUUUGACCAUCUCUGGGUACAAUGCUCAUGAUUGUCACAAGAUGUUAACAAAUGAUUUUGAUCCUGAAGAGUUAGGCCCCCUUCAAUCUUUUGCAAUCGAGACAGCGUGCCAGCUUGAGAUGUUUUUCCCCCCAGCUUACUUCAACAUGAUGGAGCAUCUUAUUGUCCACAUCGUACCUCAGAUUAUCGAGAUUGGUCAACUAUACCUAAACCAGAUGUGGGCGUACAAGAGGUACAUGUCCGUGCUGAAAGGGUAUGUCCGUAACCGAGCUCAUCCAGAAGGAUCAAUGAUAGAGGGGUACACAACUAAGGAGGUGGUUGAAUGCUGCAUAGAUUACAUGAAGGACGCCGAACCCAUCGGUGUGACCCUCCCUUUACACGAGGGCCGGUUAGCUGGGACGGGGAUCGUAGGCAAGAAAAGGUUCUACGAUGAGGACUUCAAAGAUGUAGCGGAAGCACAUAGCAGUAUUUUGCAACAGCUCGCCAUCGUCGAGCCGUACAUUCAGGAACACAUGAACGAGAUAAGAGCCCGCAACCCUAGAAUAACGGACAUUUGGAUUUGUAAAGAACAGAAACAGAAAUUUCCUGAAUGGUUGAAGGAGAAAGAUCUGCCGUUGGGUGUUUCGCUGGAGGAAAAAACUUUGUGCAGGCUAGCAAAUGGCCCAACUAGCCUUGUGAUCUCAUGGCAAGGGUACGACAUCAGCGGAAAUAGAUUUUACACAAUGUUCAAGGACAGGAAAAGCGCAGCUCAGAACAGCGGAGUUCGGGUUGAGGCGUUUGACACAUCAGGUGAGAAGAAGUCUUACUACGGGAUCAUACAAGACAUUUGGGAGCUGGACUAUGGCCUUAACAUACAGAUCCUGGUGCUACGAUGCCAAUGGGUCAGAGACACAACAAACGUAUUCAUCGAUGACUACGGCCUGACGGUUGUGGAUCGUAGUAAGCUAGGACACAAGGAUAAUCCGUGGGUUCUUGCUGAGCGUGUUGCUCAUGUUUUCUAUGUCAGUGACCCUUCCGACGAUAAGAUGGCCAUUGCUGUACCGGGAAAGCAAAACAUUGUAGGCAUUGAUAGCAUUGAAGACGCGUCAGAUUACAACCAAUACGACGACGUCCCUUUGUUCACAGAUUUUCCUAACCGGAUCAAGGAAGUUGAGACAAGCCUUGAUGAAGAUUUGUUUUCGUCCGCGCGGAAGGAUGGUGUUUCCAAAAUUGUCAAACAUUAG